AGCCCCGGGAGCAGGCCGACGACCCUGACGUGGCCCGCCCACCCACGCGUCGAUGCGAGGCACGUUCGAGGACGAGCCCGCGCCGGAGAUCGGGCCCGGCUGGGUGCGGCGCACGAAGCAUCGGCCAAAGGGGCAGAGCGGCAAGCGCUUUGACCGCUACUUCCUCUCGCCAGAGCGGCACGGCCAGCGUCGGCAGUUCCGCUCGCUCGUGGCGGCGCAGGCGUACCACGCCGGCAAGCUAGACGAGCUGGACGCGGUGUGCGAGGCGUGCGGCUCGGGCGUCGACGAGCCGGGCAACGACAUCCUGCUCUGCGACGGCUGCAACGCGGCGCACCACAUGGCAUGCCUCCCGGUGCCGCUCAAGGCGGUGCCCGAGGGAGAGUGGCUCUGCCCCGCGUGCAAAGGCGGCCCGGUGGGCGCGCGACCACCCAAGGUCCGGCCGGGCACGAUCAUCGUCCAGAAAGCAGCAGCUAGCCCCCGCGCGGUCACGGCGGCCCGGCACUCGCCCGGUCGUCUCGACCCGGAGUUCGACCCGGCAGUGCUGCGGCCCGCGCUGGUGCUCCCGGCGAGGCUGCGGCCGGCCUGCGUCGUGCUCGGCUGCCCCGGCGAGGGCAUCGCCCAGCUGCAGGAGCCCUCUUCCAGAGCAGAGAAGAAGCAGCGCGGGGAGGAGUGCACGCCGCUGGAGUCAGCCGCCUGCUGCUCGGGCAGGGAGCUCAUGCUCGCCUGCGACGUCUGCGGGCAGGCUUGGCAGUGCUCUUGGUGGUACCGCCACCUCACUGACAGCGGCGAGGCCGCCUCCGCGUCAGCGGCAGUGUCGAAGGCGCCCGCGCCGGCGCGGAGCGCGCACACGCGCGAGGACGCCGGCGACGAGACCACGCCCGAGACCAUGCCCGACAGCGCGGCGGCGCAGGGCGGGAAGAGGAAGCGGGAGGCCUGCCUCGCCGACUUCUUCCAGAGCGGGCCGCGUUGGAUGGGGCGGCAGAGCUGA